AUGGAGUCUACCAUUUUGGACAAAGAACGAUCUUCCUUCGUGUCGCAAGAAAACUCGACUUACAGAGUGAUCACGGACAACGGAUCAGAGAUGCUAGAUCAGAACAUGACAGAUAUGGAUCCAAGACUGGUCUGGGAGAUAAUACAAGACGAAAGUGGAGCAUACGUCACGGAGUAUACCGACAUUAUUUUUAUCACGUGUUUUGCAGUCCUUAUCAUUUUUGGCGCUGUUGGCAAUGGUCUGGUGUGUUACGUGGUGGUUAAAAACCCUCACAUGCGAACACCGAGAAAUAUAUUCAUCAUCAAUCUCGCUAUAUCUGAUCUAACUCUGUGCCUGUUCACUCAGCCUCUUAAUCUGUAUCGUUUGCUUAACCAGCAAUGGUUUCUAGGCGGAUUUAUGUGUAAAUUCGUUGUUAUGUGCCAAGGUACGAAUGUGUUUGUCUCAACGAUCAGUAUCACAGCGAUUGCACUGGACCGUUUUCAAGUAAUUGUUUACCCAACAAAAGAUAGUAUGAAAAAACUAGGUGCGGCCUCGGCCCUCUGUUCAAUUUGGAUUAUAUCGUUUUUUAUGUCUAGUCCGUUAUUAAUAUUUGCAGUGUAUAGAGUGGAACAGCCCGUUAUAGGCUACGAUGUUUACUUUUUCAGAUGUGUUGAGGAUAUAACAUUAAUGGAAGAAAAGGGUGCCUACUCUGUUGCUUCUAUGAUUGUUCAGUAUAUUUUACCAAUAGCUAUAGUCAUAAUAGCCCAUGCAAGAAUAUGUAAUAAAUUAAAGUACCGUAUGGUUAAUCAGAACCAUGCGGGAACAAGCUUCCAGAAACGAAAAAACGAGCGACAAUCCAGGAGAAAGCGUAAAACCAACAUCACUUUGUCACUCAUUGCCGUGGUGUUUGCUCUAAGUUGGCUUCCUUUGAAUUUGUUUAAUAUUUUGACAGAAUUUCAAUUCAGUCAUUUCAAACAUUUAAAUAUAAACCUUGCUUACAAAAUUUGCCAUAUGCUUGUAUUGAGCUCUGCUUGCACCAAUCCUGUGAUAUAUGGUUGGUUGAAUGAUAACUUCCGAAGCGAGUUCAUCAAAGUACUUUCUUGUUGCGUUUGCUGUAUAAAGCUGAAGUCGUUUUUCCGACGUUUAUGUGGCUGCUGUUGUUCCCCUACCCAUGGGGAUGUCCCCGUCAUCGUUUUUACAAAGGAAAGCACUGACAACAAUGGCGCUCUAUCUCAUAUGGAUCGUGACACACAAGACGGCUGUUCCGUGACUGGAUUGCAUUCUGUGACCGACUGGAAUUCGCACCGGUCACAAAUCUCCCUAUAG